AUGGCGUCGAAUCCUAAACGACGGCCACCACGCCAGCAUAGUGCGGCAUCUCGGUCCAACGUGCUGAACAUCACCGAGCCCAUGCCCGGUCAGACAGACUGGUCUGUCGAUAAUCUCCCGGAAAUUUUAUAUGUCUUUAGACCAACCGCCCCCCAAGUAAGGUCACAUAACAAAAUGCCUAUGAAACCGUCGCCUUGGGAUUCCGGGCAGGACCUGCGGAUCUUUGAUAUUCUGCCGGACAGAAUAUCAGCCAAUGUGGAAGAGUUUCGGGUUGAAGCCUGGAUGCGUCUGGAUCGGCGCAUCCAGCUUCAUGAUAUCACAGAUCGUAUGCAUCCUGAAUUUCGCAUAGCAAAAAAUGCACUCCAGCAGCGCGGAGUCAGGUUUCGCCAGGCUUUCAGUAUACUCUCCUGGGGAUCAGGAAAUAAACAAACUCAGGUUGUUGCGGAGCAGCUUGAGAAAGAAAUGGAAGCUAGGGGAAUCGAUCCAGCGUUGAAUUCCACUCGCGGUUUGACGCCAGGUUUAAUCAACUUGGCUUUGGGUGAGGCAGGCGGGAGAAUCCCUGUGCCUGAGGCAUACAAACAACGCUUUCAGGCGUUUGCUAAAGAGCAACAGGAGAUGAUUCAGCAACUUCCAACAAUGGAUACGCCCGUAUUGGUGGAGCAUACCCUCAGGACACCGGAAGUGCAGCAGUUGUUCAUAGAUCUGCCAGUUGAGUCACCCGACCAUAUGCAAGACGUUCUUCCAGGAUUAGCGUCACCAACAAAUCCGCCGAGCCAACUGAUCAGCCAUGACAUUUUGGAUGACAAUGUCUCUCAUGAUCGCACCUCGCAGGAACCUAUAGAACAGAGAGAUGCUACCCCUCAAAAUUCAGAUGGAAUAUACACGAACGUCAGCCAGGAUGCGUGCUCAGUUCAGGAAGAAGGAAAUGUGGAUUGUCCAGAAACAACCGCCCCGGGUGCGUCAAAUGGUGUUCACUUGCCGCUUGAAAAUGGUCCUUACCUUGGAAUCCCUUGUUACGGAGAUCCCUUGGAGAUCAAAGAGGAGCCGCCGACACCAACUAAAGUUCGAGUUUCUCGAGUGCCUAUCGAACUCUUGAUGCAGCAGUAUGUCGAUAUCCCAUACUGCUGGAAACUUGAAAUGUUUGAAGCAAUGCAUAAAAUUCAUGCUGUAAUGGCUCCAAUAACUCAUCCGGACGACCCCUUCCAGGGAGAGAUGGUAGCCGAUGAAUGGGAAUUAUUUCCAACCAUCCCUAACGUCCCUUUUGACUAUCUGGAUUUCGGAGACUCAAGGGACCAACCGAUCGAAUAUGAGAAGAUGGAGAGAGCAAUGAAAUAUCAGCGAGAAUACGACAUCGAUAUAGACUAUUGUGAGCAGUUGCGGGCUUCGUGCGGGCUGAAUUUUGCUUGA